CAUGUAUCAUGUUUUGACUAAAAAUACAACAGUAACAGAUCACAACCGCAACCUGCUGGUAGAGACUAUUCGUUCUAUAACAGAGAUCCUUAUAUGGGGAGAUCAGAAUGACAGCUCGGUAUUUGACUUUUUCUUGGAGAAGAAUAUGUUUGUUUUCUUCUUGAACAUCUUGCGUCAGAAGUCUGGUCGUUACGUGUGUGUACAGCUUCUGCAGACUCUGAACAUCCUUUUUGAGAACAUCAGUCAUGAAACAUCAUUGUACUACCUGCUCUCUAAUAACUAUGUUAAUUCUAUUAUUGUCCACAAAUUUGACUUUUCUGAUGAAGAGAUCAUGGCAUAUUACAUAUCAUUUUUGAAAACACUUUCCCUGAAACUCAACAAUCAUACUGUACAUUUCUUUUAUAAUGAGCACACUAAUGACUUCGCUUUGUACACUGAAGCUAUUAAAUUUUUUAACCACCCAGAAAGCAUGGUCAGGAUUGCUGUUAGGACUAUAACUUUAAAUGUCUACAAAGUGUCAUUGGACAACCAACCUAUGCUGCAUUACAUUAGAGAUAAAACUGCUGUCCCUUAUUUCUCCAACCUCGUUUGGUUUAUUGGAAGCCACGUGAUAGAACUGGAUAACUGUGUGCAGACUGAUGAAGAGCACAGAAAUAGGGGCAAACUGAGUGACCUGGUAGCAGAACAUCUUGAUCAUUUACAUUACCUUAAUGAUAUCCUUAUCAUUAAUUGUGAAUUUUUAAAUGAUGUGCUGACAGACCACCUACUUAAUAGGCUCUUUCUUCCCCUCUACGUGUAUUCCUUAGUAAAUCAAGAUAAGGGUGGAGAGCGUCCAAAAAUAAGUCUCCAAGUUUCUCUCUAUCUUCUUUCUCAAGUUUUUCUAAUUAUACAUUACGCCCCUUUGGUGAACUCAUUGGCUGAGGUUAUACUUAAUGGUGACCUCUCGGUGUUUUCUUCUAAAGUUGAGCAAGAUAUACAAACAAACUCGGCAAAAUCAAGUAUCAGAUGUUUCAUAAAACCAACAGAAACACUUGAGAGAUCUCUUGAAAUUAACAAACAGAAGGGAAAGAAGAGGGUGCAGAAAAGACCCAACUAUAAAAAUGUUGGUGAAGAAGAUGAAGAGGAGAGAGGAUCUGAAGAUAAUCAAGAUGACCUGGAAAAAACUAAAGGUACAGAAGCAAGUUCAAAGGGCAUCAGAACAAGCAGUGAAAAUGAAGAAAUAGAGAUGGUAAUCAUGGAGAGAUGUAAACUAUCAGAAUUGUCUAUCUCUACUGUGACAGAACAGAAUACAACAGAUGAAGAAAAGAGUGCAGCUGCCUCUGGGAGUGAGAUAACAAACUGGAACAGGCCUUUUCUUGAUAUGGUCUAUAAUGCGCUGGACUGUGCUGAAGAUGAUUACUAUGCCCUCUUUGUGCUCUGUCUUUUAUAUGCAAUGUCACACAACAAAGGAAUUGACCCAAUGAAACUGGAGAGAAUUCAACUUCCAGCUCAACAUGCUGAGGAGAGAAAUUCAUAUAAUCAUGUACUUGCAGAAGGGCUUAUCAGGAUAAUGAAUUAUGCUGCACAACCAGAUGGAAAAAUCCGUUUGGCAACUUUAGAACUUGGCUGCCUCUUGCUGAAGCAACUUGUGUUUUCUAAGAAUGGCAGCAUCAUAAAAGAUGUUCACCUUGCUUGCCUUGAGGGUGCAAGGGAAGAAAGUGUUCAUCUCCUUCGUCGUUUCUAUAAGGGAGAAGAAAUUUUUCUGGAUAUGUUUGAAGAUGAAUACCGGAGUAUGACGAUUAAACCCAUGAAUGUAGAGUACUUGAUGAUGGAUGCCUCAAUAUUGUUGCCCCCAACGGGGACACCACUAACUGGUAUUGAUUUUGUGAAAAGAUUGCCUUGUGGAGAUGUGGAAAGAACACGAAGAGCAAUCAGAGUUUUCUUUAUGCUCCGUUCACUAUCCCUGCACUUGCGAGAUGAGCUAGAAACUCAGUUACCGCUCACAAGGGAGGAAGACCUGAUAAAGACAGAUGAUGUUCUUGACUUGAAUAACAGUGAUCUAAUUGCUUGUACAGUCAUAACAAAGGAUGGGGGUCAAGUUCAAAGAUUCCUGGCUGUGGAUAUUUACCAGAUGAGUUUGGUUGAGCCAGAUGUUGCCAGACUUGGAUGGGGAGUAGUUAAGUUUGCAGGCCUUUUGCAGGAUAUGCAGGUGACAGGGGUAGAGGAUGACAGUAGAGCUCUCAACAUAAUCAUCCAUAAGCCUGCCUCAAGUCCUCAUUCUAAGCCCUUCCCUAUCCUUCAAGCUACAUUUAUUUUUUCUGAUCAUAUUCGCUGCAUUAUUGCAAAACAACGUCUUGCAAAAGGCCGUAUCCAAGCUCGACGUAUGAAAAUGCAGAGAAUAGCAGCUCUCCUGGAUCUUCCUGUUCAGCCUUCAACUGAAGUUGUUAUGGGUUUUGGACACAGCUCUGCAGCUACAGCCCAGCACCUUCCAUUUAGAUUUUAUGACCAGUCACGACGUGGUAGCAGUGAUCCUACAGUGCAACGCUCGGUUUUUGCAUCUGUUGACAAAGUUCCAGGCUUUGCUGUAGCCCAGUGUAUAAAUCAGCACAAUCCAUCACCACUCUCAUCACCUUCGCCUUCCAGUGGGAGUACAGGGCGCUGUGAUUCAGUGACUGCAAGCUCAACAUCCACUCCUUCUGCUGCACAGAGCCCAUCAGAUGACACUUCAGCUCCAGAGCAGCCUCAGAUGACCAUUUCUGGUCAGACGAUGUUGACUGAUGAAACUCUUUCAGCUGUCUCAAGGUCUAGCAAGAGUGCUGUAAAAAACAGUGACACAGAAACAGCAAACCUGUCUCCUAGCCUGAUUCCUGCACAGCAGCCCACAAUAUCAUUAAUAACAGAUGACAAUACAGAUGCACUAAGUGUAGAGUCGCUUACACUGGUGCCACCAGUUGAUCCACACAGUAUUCGAACAUUCACCUGCAUUCCUCAGUCAUCUUUGCAAUCUGAAGUUGAAGUUUGCAAGGUAAAAGAGGUAGAGGAAGAACAUUCUACUAAAGUCAACCUGCAGACUGUGAUAAACAGUGAAGCAAAUGCAACCAAAUUCUUUGUUGUUUUUUCUUUGUGAGCGCAGAUACUUCUUGAAGCCUGA